AUGGCUGCGCGGUGGCGGCUGCUGCUGGCGCUGCUGUGCUGGGCGCUGCCGGGCGCGGGGCGGCGGAGCCCGUCGUUCGCGGGCCACGUGGCGGAGAAUUGGCCGGCGGGCACCCGGGUGAGCGGCCUCAGCAUCCCGCUGACGCGGCUGGGCGCGGAGCCGUGGUGCGCGCAGGUGCGCGGGCGGCGCUGGCGGCUGCAGCUGCUGGGCGAGGGCGCGGGGCACUUCCAGGCGGCGCUGCACGCGCGCUCCGGCCGCGUCUGGCUGCGCACCAGCCGCCCGCUGGACCGCGAGGCACGGUCGCGCUACGCGCUGCGCCUGGCGCUGAGCUGCGGCGCCGGGGCCGCGCCCGCGGAGCUGGCCGCGCUCAGCAUCCUGGUGCGGGACGCCAACGACAACGCGCCGCGCUUCGUGGGGCCCGGCGGGCCGACCCGGCUGCGGCUGCCCGAGACGCUGCCGCUGCGCUCCGCCGUGUGGCAGGCGCGGGCCGAGGACGCGGACGCGGGCGCCAACGCGGAGCUGCGCUACCUGGCGCGGCCGCCCAGCGCGCACUUCUUCGUGGAGCCGCGCAGCGGGCGCGUACUGCUGGUGCGCUCCCUGCUGCACGCGCGGGGGCCGCUGCCGCUGCGCCUCUUCGCCCGCGACCGCGGCCGCCCGCCCCUGCUCAGCGCGCCGCUGCACCUGGAGCUGCUGCCGCAGCCCGCGCCGCUCCGCCGCCGCCGCCGCCGUGCCCCGCGCCCUCCCCGCGGGCCCCUGGCGCUGGCCGUGGCCGAGGACGCGCGGGCCGGCUCCGUGCUGGCCGCGCUGGCCCCCGCCGGCUUCGCCUCCGCCUGGUUCGAGCUCGUGUCGCCGCCCGCCGAGCAGUCGCCGCUGCGCGUGGACCGGGACAGCGGCGCCGUGACACUGGCUGCGGCCCUGGACCGGGAGCAGGCGGCCGCCUGGGACCUCGUGGUCCGCGUGCAGGACCGGGCAGGAAAGGAUUGGUACUUGCUGCAUUUAGAAGUUACUGUGACAGAUGUGAAUGACAAUGCACCUGAAUGGGCCAUGGAGCCAUUCCCAUUCUUGGCUGUGGUGUCUCCUAAAGCUGCAGCAGGAACACAAGUAUAUAAGCUUCUUGCUGUGGACAGAGAUGAAGGAGUCCAUGGAGCUGUCGAAUACUUUCUCCUGGAAGGUGGAGACGACAGAUUUGUUGUUGAAAAGGACACUGGCUGGAUUAAAACAACAGGAUUGCCACUUGUAAAGGACAGAGAGUACCUCCUGACGGUGUUAGCAGCAGAUAAACUUGGUAACAAAGGAUCUCCUGCCUCUAUUUCUGUGAUUGCUGGGCUUCGACCACCACAGUUUACCAACAUAUCAUAUGUUGCCAAUGUUCCUGAAGACUUUCCACAGGGAAAAGUGUUUCUUACAGUUUCUGCUUUGUCCUAUCAAAAUGAAUCCCUGAGCUACAGCUUACUCACUAAUCCUAGUGGCCUAUUCAGCAUCCAUCCAGCAGCAGGAGAAAUCAGCUUGACUCGGAGUGUCGAUUAUGAGAGUGAUCAACACCAGUACCUUCUUCUGGUUAGAGCAACAGAAAGCCAGGAACAAUUUAGCAGUGCAGUUGAGGUUUCGGUUGUAAUCAAAGAUGUGAAUGAUUGUGCCCCAGAAUUCCAGCAGUCAAUCUACAACAAAGAUAAUGUUCCUGAAACAGUUACUAUGACAACUGCACUUCUGCAAGUGGCAGCCAGCGACUGUGAUUCGGAAGAAAAUGCUGAAAUACUAUAUUACACUUUGAGUCCAGAGUUUAGUAUUUCUUCGCAGGGUACUAUCUUUCCAGCAGAACAGUUGGACUAUGAGCGACCCAACCAUCUUUAUGAGUUUAUAAUCAUGGCUGUAGAUAAAGGGGAAGAGCCAAAGACUGGCACAGCAACUGUUAGGAUCCAUGUUUCAAAUGUGAAUGAUGAAGCACCUGAAUUUUCCCAGGCAAUCUACAGAAGUUUCGUUUCUGAAGACGCAGGUCCAAAUACAUUGAUUGCUACAGUAAAUGCUAUAGACCCUGAUGGAGAUGAUGUGACUUAUGACAUUCAAGCAGGAAAUCAAAAGGGAAACUUUGUUAUUGACCAUCAGAAAGGGUUAAUUAGACUUCGCUCAAAUCCACUUCCUAAGCUUCAGGGGGCAGAAUAUGUUCUUAAUAUCACAGCUACUGAUGAUAAUGCCUCUGGAGGGCCUCGUUCUCUCAGUAGUACAGCACUUGUCAUUGUGAAAAUUGACGAUGUCAACAAUAACAAACCUGUAUUUCAGAAGUGUCAAGAUUAUCGGGAACAUGCUUCUGUGUUGGAAAACCAGCCUCCAGGGACAUUUGUUCUGCAAAUUGAGGCCACUGAUGCUGAUGAAGGAGCCAAUGGUAGAGUGAAAUACGGCAUGAUGCACAGAGAUGGUGUCUUACCAGCAUUUAGGAUCCAUCCUGAUACAGGAGUCUUGACAACUUCUCAGAGAUUUGAUCGAGAAAAGCAGAGGGAGUAUCCUAUUACUGUGACUGCAACAGACCAGGCUGCAGAACCUCUCAUUGGGAUCUGUCAAAUAAAUGUUGUCAUCCUGGACCAAAAUGACAAUGAUCCCAGAUUUGAAAACACCCGCUAUGAAUAUUUCCUGAAGGAAGACACAAAAAUUGGGACUAGCUUUCUUCGUGUUGCAGCCCAUGAUGAUGAUUAUGGUUCAAAUGCUGCCAUUACAUACUCAAUAGCAAAUGAAGAUCCAAAGUAUUUGCAGGUUAAUCCUAGUUCAGGCUGGGUAUAUGUCAACCAACCCAUAUCUCAGAAAUCAGUUAUAACUCAAGAAAUUAUUGCCACAGAUGGAGGAAACAGAUGUAGUAAGGUUGAAUUAGUAGUAACAAUUACCACUUCAAAAAAUCAGCCCCCACAAUGGGAAAGAGGAAGUUAUGAAGUUGUACUUCCAGAGAAUACUACAAGAGAUGCACCUAUUGUGACAAUUAAAGCAACCUCUCCCCUUGGUGAUCCCCGUGUGACGUACAAUUUGGAAGAAGGACUUGUUCCAGAGACCAACAUGCCAGUUCGUUUCUACCUGACUCCGAAUAGAGAUGAUGGGUCGGCUUCAAUAUUGGUAGCUGAGCCAUUAGAUUAUGAAACAACAAAGAACUUUUUACUGAGGGUUCGGGCACAGAAUGUUGCUGCAGUUCCUCUGGCAGCAUUCACCACUGUCUAUGUCAAUGUAACAGAUGUCAAUGACAAUGUGCCUUUCUUCACUUCAUCAAUUUAUGAGGCCUCUGUAACAGAGGGAGCUGAUAUUGGGACAUCUGUUCUUCAAGUCUCUGCCACUGAUCUAGACCUUGGUCGGAAUGGGGAGAUCAGUUACUUUCUAUUACAUGACCGUAGUGGGGACUAUACUUGUUUUCGCUUGGACUCUCAGACGGGCUCAAUAUAUACUACUUCAGUAUUUGAUAGAGAGAAGAAGGGUUCAUAUCUUUUAGAAAUAAAAUCUGUAGAUGGCUCUGAAUCAGCUCGACCUGGAAAACAUGGGCAACCAAACUCUGACACGGCCUACGUGCGCAUUUUUAUCAGCGACGUGAAUGAUAACAAGCCUGUCUUCACUCAGAGUGUCUAUGAAGUUAAUGUAGAUGAAGACCAAGAUGUGGGCUCUACUGUCAUUAUAGUCAGUGCUAAUGAUGAAGAUGAAGGAACAAAUGCUAAACUAAGGUACCAGAUCACAGCUGGAAAUAUUGGUGGAGUUCUUGAUGUUGAACCAGAAACAGGAGCCGUCUUUAUUGCUCAACCACUGGAUUAUGAAGAAGCCAAAAUGUAUGAACUUCAUUUAUUGGCCUCUGACGGUAAAUGGGAGGAUUAUGCAAUUAUCAUCAUCAACAUAGUGAAUAAAAAUGAUGAGGCCCCAGUUUUCUCUAUCAGUGAAUACUAUGGAAGUAUUAUUGAAGAACUGGAUGGGUUACCAGUCUUUGUACUUCAGGUUGCAGCAAAUGAUCCUGACAGCAGUGUGGAUGGAGGAGAUUUGAGGUAUUCCUUGCACGGACAUGGGGCAGCUGAGGUCUUCGCCAUAGAUGAAAACACGGGCAGCAUUUACUCUCAGAAGAUUCUGGACCGGGAAGAGCGAGCAGUAUGGAGAUUUGUUGUGUUGGCAACUGAUGAGGGAGGAGAAGGACUUACUGGAUUUGCUGAUGUAAUUAUUAAUGUGUGGGAUAUAAAUGAUAAUGCCCCCAUAUUCGUGUGCACGCCUAAUGAUUGCAAUGGGAGUGUCUUUGAAAAUUCUCCUGCGAACACAUUGGUCAUGGAAAUGACAGCCGUAGAUUUAGAUGACCCAAAUGUUGGUUUGAAUGCAGUUUUGACUUACAGGAUAAUUGAGAAUGCAAAAAAUGGGUUUGACAUUGAUAUGUUUACUAUCAACCCCAGUACUGGUACAGUCCAUGUGGCGGAGGGGAUGCUAGACAGAGAGAGAACUGAAAAAUACCUUCUUAUUGUAGAAGCAAGAGAUGGGGGAGGGUUGACAGGAACUGGUACUGCCACCAUAUGGGUUGCAGAUGUCAAUGAUCAUAUACCUAAAUUCACUCAAGAGGUCUGGCAGGUGGUGAUUCCUGAAAACAGUGCGGUCAACUCAGAAGUUAUGGAAUUAUCUGCUGUAGAUGCAGACACUGGGGAAAAUGCUCACUUAACAUUCAGCAUUGUUGCGGGAGAUCCAGAUCAGAAGUUUUACAUUGAAAAUGAUAAAGAAGAUCAGCGUGCAGCUAUCCGAUUGAAAAAGGACUUGGAUUAUGAGAAACCUCAUGAAAGGUGGUUUAACCUCACUAUUAAAGUGGAAGAUCUUGAUUUUUCCAGCAUUGCAACGUGCCUAAUUGAGGUUGAAGACUGUAAUGAUCACAGUCCAGUAUUCGGUUCUCAGCUUGUUCAUACAAGCCCUUUCUUUGAAAACAUACCUGUAGGUACUCCAGUCACCGUGGUGAAAGCCACAGAUGAGGAUUCUGGUGUGAAUGGGAAUAUUAUAUAUUCUAUUAGAUCAGAUUCAGAUCCUUUGAGUCAAUUUGCAGUUGAUCAACAGGGUUAUGUGACUGUGGCAAAUGCACUGGACCGUGAAGUUAUUCAGCAAUACCAUUUAAUUAUACAGGCUUCAGAUCAAGGGAUUCCUGCCCAAACUGGAAGUGUUACAAUCCUGAUUAACUUGCUUGAUAUUAAUGACAAUGGGCCAUGUUUUGAAGCACACUACAUGCCUGUGGUUUGGGAAAAUAUGUUGGGGCCUCAGGUAGUAUAUAUGAACCAUACGUCAAAGCUUCUUCAUGCUUUUGAUCCAGACAGUGAUGAAAAUGGACCACCUUUUACUUUUUCACUGCCACCGAGUUAUCAGAAUUCUUUGGAUUUUUCACUUACUGACAACAGAAAUAAUACAGCCACCAUCAAGGCUCUGAGGUCUUUUGAUAGAGAAAAGCAGAAGAUAUUUCAUCUGCCAGUAAUUAUAGCAGAUAGUGGGACUCCAGCUAUGAGUGCUACAAACACACUGACCAUAACAAUUGGUGAUGAGAAUGACAACAGCCAUGCAGCAGGCCAUAAGGAAGUCUAUGUCUAUACACAUAGAGGAAAAUGGUCAACAACAGAGCUUGGGGAAGUGUUUGCACCAGAUCAGGAUGACUGGGACAAUAAAACAUUUCUCUCUGAAGGAAAAAUGCUCAAGUCUUUCAGAUUAAAUCAAAAGACUGGCUCUCUGGUAAUGGUGGAUAAUGCUCCUCAGGGGACAUAUGACUUCAAAGUUAGAGUUUCAGAUGGAGUCUGGCCUGAUGUUGUAUCUACAAUACAGAUCCAUAUCCAAGAGUUGGAAAAUGAAGCCAUAUACAAUUCAGCCACUGUACGUCUGUCAGAUGUCACAGCAGAGGAGUUUAUAAAGAGAGACGAGCAUGGGAAAAAUAAACAUGACAAGUUUCAGGAGUUACUGGCAGAAAUCUUCUCAGCUCAACCUAGUGAUAUCAAUAUCUUCAGUGUGAUGAACAUUGACAGGAGACGUACAGACUUGAGAUUUGCAGUUCGUGGCAGCUCUUCAUAUUAUAGACCAGAGAAAUUGCAUGGUGAUAUUGCAGCAUUUAAAAGCAAGAUUCAGUCAGCUUUAAAAGUGAACAUUUCACAGAUCAAUAUAGAUGAAUGCAGGAAGACAGACUGCAGUGGUAGCAAUGGUUGCACAAACUACUUCAUUGUGAGUGACACCCCAACUGUCGUGGAUGCUGGAAGUGUGUCAUUUGUCUCUGUAACAACCAACAUCAGCACAGUUUGCACCUGUUCAGCUAGAGACCAAGUUCAUCAAUCCUGUGCUUCCUACCCCCAGAGCCCAUGUCUCAAUGGCGGGACAUGUAUUGACACACUGAAUGGCUACAGAUGUCAUUGUCCUGUUUCAUUUCAUGGACCUGAAUGCCAGCAGACUAAGCUCAGUUUCCAUGGAAAUGGAUAUGCAUGGUUUCGUCCCAUCCAGCCUUGUUUUGAGAGCUUACUAUCCCUAGAGUUUAUUACUGAGGUUCCAGAUGGACUUUUAUUAUACAGUGGUCCUUUAUCGGAUCCAGAGCCUGAGAAUACAGAAAACUUCAUUGCAAUAGAACUUUCCAUUGGUAUCCCCAUUUUAAAAAUGAACCAUGGUUUAGGCACAGUGAUGUUGCAGUUCCCAAGUCACUUGAAUGUGACAGACAAAAAGUGGCAUCAUCUUGAAGUCCGAACUAAUGGCCAGGAUGUUCGAUUCACGUUGGAUCACUGCAGCGCAGCAAUUGUUUCAGAGAUAGAAGGAGUUGGUAAAUGGUUGUCGACUGAAGAUCGCACAAAUUGUGAGGUCACUGGUUCGAUUCCCCAAGGCGGAAGGUAUUUGAGUACAAACCAAGUUCUUCAGCUGGGAGGUGUAAAAGAAUCAAUUCCAUACUCCUAUCCCCAGUUACAACACAAGCAUUUCAUAGGCUGUCUGCAAAAUUUCAUUUUGGAUACUCAGGUAUAUGACCUUGAAUCUCCUGCAGAGUCCCUGAAUAGCUCCCCUGGUUGCAUAUUAACAGAUGGGAGCUGUGAGACCCUGGGCACCUCUUCCUGCGGCGUUCAUGGGAGAUGCCUUGGCGAAUGGGGCUCAUUUAGUUGUCAUUGUUUGCCAGGUUAUUAUGGCUACCGAUGUAAUAAAGUCACCAAAGAAUAUACAUUUGGCCCAGGGAGCCACAUCCGGUAUCAGCUUCCUGUUGCUGUGUCUUCCCGCAGAAUGCUCUUAGAGGCAAUGAUUAGGACACGACAGCUUGACAGUGUCAUUAUGAGCAUGGCUUCUCGGAACAAGGAUGAGUACAUCACCCUGCAGGUGUCUCAGGGAUUCUUAAUGGUCUCGUAUAACCUGGGUGACGGAGACUAUACUGUAAAUCUUUCCUCCUACAACAUUGGCAAUGGUGAGUGGCAUCAUAUCACCUUGGAGAGAAUUGAGAAUGAAUUCACUCUUCGCCUGUAUGAAGGAGGUGGGAAGAGAGAAAUACUUAGAGCCGCAGGAGUUUACAGAGAAAUUAUGAUUGAUCCCAGCAGUUUGGUGCUUGGAAAUACUUACCCUUUCAAUCCAAAUCAGAGUUUUCAAGGAUGUAUGAGGGAUGUCAGAUUUAAUAACUACAGGAUGCCUCUGGAUACUCACACUAAGGAGCUGGUGUCAGUAUUAAGUGUCCAAGGAGUGAAAGAAGGCUGCUCUUCAGAGGCCUGUAGGAACAACCCUUGUAGCCAGCAGUUUAUUUGUGUUGACUUGUGGAUGAUGCAUGAAUGCAGUUGCCCCCCAGGACACAUGAUCAUGGAGAAUGCCACAGGCAGCCACUGUGUCUAUACCGCAUGUGCCAAAAGACCCUGUAACUUUGGUACAUGUAUCUCCCAGUCGCCAACCAAGUUCCGAUGUCACUGCCCUGAUGGCUAUACUGGCCAUAACUGUGAAAUCACGCUGGCUAUCUUUCACAAGGAUGCAGGCCUGAGCUUCAGCUCCAUGUUUGCCAUCUGCAUUUGCUUCUUGACACUCUUAGUUCUGUUCUGUGGGGUUUUUCUGUGGACCCGCUGGAAGAGUCAUAAAGGUUUGAAUGGAGGAGUUUACCACGUGUCUGCAUAUCAUGAUGACUUGGAGGACAUCAGAGAGAAUAUCCUCAACUACAAUGAAGAAGGGGGUGGGGAGCAGGAUCAAGAUGCUUACAACAUGGCAGAACUCCAGAUGUCUAUUCAAACCAGCCCAGCCUAUUCUUUCUAUAAGAAGAAAGGGAAGCUGACAGAGCUGAAAAGCCCAUUGAGCAGUGAUGUGUCUCCCAGCCCAAAAGAGCAGCCAGAAGCACCUGCAACUACACAGAGCUCCUCCUUUGCCAGUGAAGACUUUGGUCGUUACCUAUUGGAUGUCGUUAGAGAUGCCGACCAGCAGCCCCAUGCUUUGCCCUGCGAUUCCCUACAGAUAUAUUACACAGAGGGAGAGGGCUCAGUUGCCAGCAGUCUCAGUACCCCGGGUUCCUCUGGACUGGAUGAGGACGCAGUGUACGAUGACAUCAAGGAGUGGGGACCCAAGUUUGAGAAACUCAGUGAGCUGUAUUCGCAUACAGAGGCAGAUGAUGUGUAGAUGACUGUGUGCACUUCAUUUAAAAUCUUGAAAGCAAUCAUGAAGGGCUAUUCAGUUGUUCAUGCACUUGUUCUUUGCCAUACUUAUAUUCAUUAUGACAUAGUCAAUUCUUUUCUCUCUGACUCUUGUGGGAUGUAAUCCAUAUUCCCACCAAAGAGCCUUUAUCUGAAGCUAGGAAAUAGCAAUGCAGGCUAAUCUAGGGGGUAAAUGGACCUUUGGGCCAUUUCCCUUUUGGGUCAGAAACCAAAUGGAAAGAACAAAAGAAACUUUGGGCACCUUCUUAAAAAUUAGUGAUUGGUUUAGGAAGAAAACAGAAUACAAAACAUAUUGCAGUCACAUGAAUAGUCUGUGGGUGUUUUGGCAACUGUCUAGACAAAGCAUGCAUCUUGCCUUCUCUUCCUCAAGGAGUAAAGAAAAACUAGACUGUAUACAAUUUUAUUCCUUACGCGUUCACUUGAGUGUGAUGUCUUCACUAAGGUGGAAUCCCUGGCUCCAUGUAUCUCAGUGAGCUUGCUUUUCUUCUCUUUGGUUUAAAACUUAGCAAAACUCGUUUCUGCUGCUGCUAAAAAUGAGCCUGGACUUGAGAAGACAACAGGAAAUCAGCUAUUUGCAGCUGACCUCUUCGCCUGGACUUCAUUAAAAGAAGCAGGGUUCCCUCUUUGGGGGCUGGACUAGAUGACCUCCUGAGGUCCCUUCCAACCCUAAUUUUCUACGAUUCUGUGAUAAAUACCCUAAAGAUCAAUUAUUCAGGAAUGCUGAUAAAUGCCAGAACCAGAAGCUUCAAGCUUCUAAAACAAGAGCUGAUUUCUUUUGUGUAGUGCCCAAGAGCCAGAAUUUAGGGCAAGCCUGAGUCAUGUUGUUUGAAUCCAGGUCCUGUGCCUCAAAGGACCAUUGAUCCAUUACGGUGCAAAAACUAUGAGUUGACCUGUGUUUAUAAUUAAAUGACAGCAGAGCCCCAGUGCCACGACUCCCGUGCAGGGAGUGAGCAGUGGUGGCAGUUGGGGUGGGCAGACCCCGUUGCAGUCCCCUGCAGAGGGGGGAAUAACCCCCCUACUUGCCCCUUGCCACAUAAGGGGGCCAUGCUGGCCGGCUUCUGGUAGUGCUGCUGCCACUGUGGCAGCGAGGGAGGAGUGCCCAGCAGACCCCGACUCAGGUCUGCGGGAUAGAGAGGGGGAUUAAACCCCUUUCCUGGCCAGUUCACUUUAGGCUGCUGCCGCGGCUGGGCAUAUCUCCACUGCUGAAGCAGAGAGCAUAGCCCAGAGAGCAUGCUGGGAUGUUGGAGGACUCUAGUUUAACUUUAACCAGGAAGGGGUCUGGGCAUGAACACCACAUGCCACUGGAGGCUGGGGCGGCAUGGCAAGCUCCCGCAGGCGGCAGCAGUGCUGUUGGCGACAGGAGAGUGGCAGUGGCAGGCAGUGAGCUCCCACAGGCAGCCAUGGCACUGUUGGCUGUGGGGGUGGGAGUGGCAAGCGCCGACCAGCAGCCAGUGACUACCCAGAGAUGCUGCUGGCAGCAUUGGCGAUCGGGGACUGCCCGCAGAUGUUGCUGGCAGUGGCGGCUGUGUGUGGCGAGCGGUGACUGCGUGGAGGUGCACCCGAGAUUUACAGGAGUACACCACCAAUCUCGGGGUGCACAUGUACCCAUGUGCACCCCUUACGCAUUGCCAAUGGGUCUGGGACAGAAGUUGUAUAAACUGGUUUGAUCUGAAUCAGUUAAGUCCAAUACUACAUUCAACCAGGGUUAUUUAUCUCAAACUGGUUCCAGCCAUUUUGAAAGUGGUUUAUGUGAACUGAACUUCUCUUACAGGUUUAAACCAGUUUAUGAUCACUUAAACUGGUUUAUGUGUAAUGCUUGUCCCCAGCCUAUGUGUUUGAAGCAGGCCCAGAAGGAAGAGGAGCAGCCAGCAGAGUGGGGAAAGGAGUGUUUGGAAGAGAAGAGCCUGCACCUAUCUUCCCACGGCAGCCUACACUUACCUCCUCUCUCCCAGUGGCACCCUGCUAAGGCUAGUUGAGAAUCACUGUCUUGCAUGGCAUCAGCUUGGGUCUGCACUCCUCAGAAUGAGAAGCUUUGGAUCCACUGUUUUCGACUCUGCUGUCAUUUAAUUAUAAACACAGGUCAACUCAUACUACUUAGCCUGUGAAGCAAAAUGCUGCCAUCACUUACUCCAGUGCCAACUUACUGACUUGUGUGAAGCAGCAGGGUGUGGCAAGAGUGGCAUUUUGCCUUUGAUACCUGGAGAUGGUGUAGACAUGCCAAUCAAAGAGAAGAAAAUGCUCUCAGUUAAAAGAAAUGUGUCUCUUCUGUUUUGUAGGUCCAGAACUCAUUACUCAGUGGAGUCAGAAACUAUCCAUCGUGGGAAGGCAGAUGGCUGAAGCCCUUUUUUGCAUCCAGGCUAAUUCAAACAGCCUAACUAACUUCCAGGGAAACAACUAACUAGCAGAAUAAGAGAAUCCCAGAUAUUGGCUGUGACAGAAAAUAACCCAGCAUAAUAAUUCUGAGGAAUUUGGCAGUGCUUUGAAGAAAAUGAAACCUCAGAGCAACUCGCAGUGGGUGGAACCUUUCCAUCAGGAGUGGAUGAUAUGUUGCAAAUUGAUCAGUCCUUUUGAAACCCCUUCCUUUGGGUAGCUAGAUUGCCAUAUUGGAUUUUUGGCUAAAUAAUUAAUAUUUGAAACAGAGAACACUGUACAAUUCAUUUCAAUCUUCUUAAGUCUGCAUUUGUAUUUAUUAACUACAUUAUAAAUGCAAGACUAAAGUUAAGUUGAAGUGCAGCAACAGCACAGCUAGGAAUGUUAUUUUCUUUCCCUGGCCUUGAAAAUAAAACCUUGAGUAAGGUUUGUAAGUGCUGCUAAGCUCAUUCAUUCUUUUUUCAGUAAAUGAAGCAUAAAACCAUGAGAUACAAUGGUAUCAGGAAAGGAAGAGAAAUGAGGAAUUAAGAAGCUGAAAAUGGAGAAAUGGAAGAUCAGUCAGGGAAGGUGAAGAAGUGAACUAAGAUGUUGGCAUUAGUAUCAGAGAGGUCCUUGAAACACCUUGGGAAAACUCAGUGUAACAUUUUGAGAAGCACUUAAAUGACAAACACUUGACUCCCAUUUUCCAAAGCAACUUAGAUCAUUAGAAUAUGAGAGUUUCUGGAGUCACUGGGUCUGGACACACCACACAUACAGCAGGAUGCUUUGCACAGGUUUUGUGCACUAAUGCAGUGCCUCUCAAAGUGGUGGUCUGCGGACUGGUGCCGGUCCACGAGCCACCAGUCACCGGUCCGCAGCAAGUUGCCAGGAAAGAAAUAUAUUUUCAGAAGCAUAACGUUGAUAUGUCAGCACCACAGGUUGUACGUUCCAACACUCCAGGUUAUGUCAUGUCGUGUGAGGUUAGGAAAGAGAAACAGCCGGUUGCGCAUUUGUGUAGGGCUGUUACACGCAGUUGCUGCUACAGGCUGAACCGGGCACCGGUCCCUGGCCCACUGGGAAAAAAAAUUGCUGGUCCACCACAUUGGAUAGUUUGAGAAGCACUGCACUAGUGGAAGCUACAUAGGGACAGACACUGGGCUAUUCUAGGGUAGCUGCUCAGCAGGUGACUGUACAGUGUCUUACCACCAACUGGUGAGGGGGUAGGCAAUCUGUCUACAGCAGACAGCUACCCCAGGAUAAUUCAGGAUGCAUGAUACCUACACUGUUUUACUGAUGACUUUUAGUGGUUUAACUUUAAACCAGAUUCAAAUAGUUCAUCAAAGUAGGACUUUCAGGUGUCCACUCCUUGUUUCCACCACCACAGUGACUGGUUAUCUAGGUGUAAACAUAUCCUGUCCAAGCCUCAAACCAUUUAGGUGCUUUUAAAAAUCUCAUCAUUAAAAAUCUUAUGGUCUGAAGUUUCUAAGUGACCAGUUAUUGUGAAAUUCUUUUCAAUAAAGCUGGUGAAAUAUAGUUGGAAAGUAUCCAACAUUUUGGACACAAAACAAGAUUUCAGACCCAGACUCUUCCUCCAAGUGCAGUAAUAUGCAGCAUCGUUUUUGAUGAAGAAUUAGCAGUGGCCUUCCCCAAACUAAGUGAGAGUGUGUAUCUUCAUUUGCACAUUUCCUUUACGUCCAUGGCAGAGGCCAUAUGCUUUGCGUAGCUGCCAGUGGAGAAAAGUACUGCAGACAGGGGCAUCUGCAACAGGGACAGAGGAGAGAAGGGGCAAAGAUCAUUCCAAACCUUUGCUGCAAAAUAUCCUAAUCCAAGUCAUCAUGGGACUCUAGAUCAAACUCUACUCAUUUUCCCACCUUGCUCAGUUCAGUUAAGAGAUGAGCGUGUAUUAUCUUGCUAAUACAGACAUGAUGGAUUUGGGAUGCUUUGGAGGAUUCAGGCAGCAGCUGGCACCUACCUCCAGAGAUGUGGCCUUUCCAUCAGGAAGAGAUAAAAUAGGAAUAUUUUUUUUAAAUAAUUUUUGUUCACAGGAAAUGUAACAUAUUAAUUACAAUCUAAUUUUACAACUUUCCGGAAAACAAAUUUAAAGUUGUACUUUGCUAUGAGAGAAAUGUUGGUUUAAUAGUGUUGCAGUGUAAACAAGCCAGGUAUGCUGGGUUCUGUCUUAUGACUGUAGCAGUUACAAACAUCUUAUGAGAAAUGGAGCUAGCCAUUAUCCCUGUCCUCUUCCAAGAGCAAUAGAAGCUUCCCUGUGUGCCUGCUGCCUUCUCCCGAUCCCUGCUGUUAUUGUAUGCUGUCAUUCUGGUUGUUUUCAAUCUAAUUUAGGCUGUAAGCUCCUUGGGGCAAGGACUGUCUCUUUAUUUGCUUGCAAAGGGCCAUCACAUCUAUGGCACUAUAUAAAUAAUAAAUAACAUUGUAUAUAUGA